AUGGCGGCAGUGGCGGGAGUCGAGGGCGCAACGCCGGCCGCCUCAUCAACGGCGGCGCCCGCGGAAGACUCCGAACCCUCAGCUCUCGCUUCCGCCACCUUGGCUCCGGCUCCCUCGAGCGCAACCCGCCCGGCUCGGCUGCCUUUGGCGCGGGUGAAGGCGCUGGUGAAGGCCGACCCUGACGUCACGCUAGCUAGUCAAGAAGCUGUUUUUAUCUUGGCGCGCGCCACGGAGUUGUUUGUAGAAACCAUUGCAAAGGAUGCCUACAUCUAUGCCCAGCAAGGAAAAAGGAAAACCCUUCAGAGGAAAGACCUAGACAAUGCCAUUGAAGCAAUAGAUGAAUUUGCCUUUCUGGAAGGCACUCUGGACUGACGAGAACAAAGAGGAAUCCCUGGAAGGAAAAAGUGUCUAGCCAAGCACAAGAAAUGGCAGGACUGAUACCCUCCCAGAAGAUGGAGGACCCGCUUAUGCCUGCAAGGCCCACCGUGUCCAAAGUGGACCUGAAAUGUGGGGGGCUCUUCCCAGGUUGUUUUGUAUACUAUAGUGGUUUGUAUAAAGGUUAUGCACUUUCAAUAUACACAUUUUUUUCUCA